AUGGCAGAGAUUAAUAUCGGAGCGACUUCCUGGCGCCGUGUCGAGGUCGGCCGCGUGCUGAAGCUCGAGAGCGGCAGCCUCGCCGCCAUUGUCGAGAUCAUCGACCACAAGCGUGCUCUCGUCGACGGCCCCUCCUCAGACCCCAAGCUCGCGACGCCCCGUGGCCCCGUCCAGCUGGCCAAGACCCUCCUCACACCUAUCGUGAUCGAGAAGCUUCCCCGCGGCGCGCGGACGGGUGCCGUCAAGAAGGCGUGGGAGGCUGCUGGUGUCGAUGCUAAGUGGAAGGAGGGCAACUGGGCCAAGAAGCAGCUGCAGCAGGAGCGCCGCCAGUCCCUCACCGAUUUCGACCGGUUCAAGGUUAUGCGGUUGAAGAAGCAGAGGCGGUUCGAGGAGCGCAAGGCCCUGGCCAAGGUCAAGGCUGCUGCAUGA